AUGGCCCCCAACAACCUGCCGUCGGUGCUCAACGCCACCACCCAGGACAUUGAGAUGCUCCUGGCUGCUCAAUGCCACGUUGGCAGCAAGAACCUCCAGGUGCACAUGGAGCCGUACCUCUGGAAGACUCGUGCCGAUGGCGUCAACAUCAUCAACAUUGGCAAGACCUGGGAGAAGAUCGUGCUCGCUGCCCGCAUCAUUGUCGCCGUCGAGAACCCGGCCGACAUUUGCGUCAUCUCCGCCCGUCCCUACGGCCAGCGUGCCGUGCUCAAGUUCGCCGCUCACACGGGAGCGUCGUCCAUCGCCGGUCGCUUCACCCCCGGCUCCUUCACCAACUACAUCACCCGAUCCUUCAAGGAGCCGCGCCUCAUCAUCGUCACCGACCCCCGCACCGACGCCCAGGCUAUCAAGGAGGCUUCCUACGUCAACAUCCCCGUGAUUGCCCUCUGCGACUCCGACUCCCUCACCGAGUACGUCGACGUCGCCAUCCCCACCAACAACAAGGGUCGCCACGCUAUCGGUACCAUCUGGUGGUUGCUUGCCCGUGAGGUCCUCCGCCUCCGUGGCACCAUCUACAACCGCGAGACUCCCUGGGACGUCAUGCCCGAUCUGUACUUUUACCGCGACCCUGACACCGAGGCCGAGGAGAAGACGGAGGAGGAGAAGCCCGCUGAGGAAGAGGCGCCCGCCGCGCCCGCCGCCGGCGCAGAGUGGGAAGCCUCCGCUCCCGCCUUCAGCGGAACCUGGGACGGCGCCGAGGGCGGCGAGUGGGCCGCCUCCGGCACCGGCGAGUGGGCCGAGCCCUCCAAGGAGCAGUCUCAGUGGUAG